GAACACUCACCAUCCGCCACCCUCUGUAAACGGUCCUACAGAGCGCAGAGACUACAGAGCUCCUACACAUACCACAAUUGCUGUGGACGUCUUCUUCCAGCAGCACCUCUAAGCUUCCUUCGUUUGCAGCAGUAAUGAAGCUCUUACUGUCCCAGGCAAUUCUGAGCGCCGCCACCAUCGUGGUCACUGCGCAAAUACCACUGUGCCCUUAUCAUGCACACCUUUCAGAUGAACUUCAGAACUGUCAUGGCCCGGAGCUCAGCAGCAACGAAGCGUUCAACACGCUUUCGGAGUUCAGCAAGAGGUACGAAGAAUAUUGCGCGCAGAAGAUAGCACCCCAAAUGUCCGUCUCCGAACUACACGUUCACAGAUGUGCGGACAAGCAGUUUAACAGCAUGUUUUACAGGUGCUGGGCGGACAUGCUAAGUGCAGACUAUUCUUUGAAUUCGGCGGGAGUCGACAGCACUGACUUGGCAAUAUUUAAGAAGUCACUGGAUUGCCAAUUUCACGUCCUCGAAAUAGAAGCCUAAUCAGCGCAUUCCCUUGCACACAUGAAAGUCCUAAAAUGGAGUCACAUCUAGAUCGAAAUUACAUUGAUGUUUUUAUUGUUUGUGGAAUACUUCAAUAAAUGUUCUGUUGUACAAU